AUGGUUGCCUUCACCAAGAUUGCUGUCGCUGCAUUCUCCUUAUCCGCAGUCAAUUCGCUUUCCCUCUUCAACGAAUACGUUGACCGUGCACUUGCUGUAUUCAACACUCCAAACGAGCUCAACUCGGAAUACAACAUCCAACAACAGAAGUUUUUCCAAAUUCAAAAGGAUGCUCAUGUUAGUGACGACACUAAACCAGUACCUGGAAAGUCCCCCAUCGAGGUUUGCGACUACUCUUCCAAACAACUUUUGACUCUUGACGAGAUUACAAUUUCGCCAAAUCCACCACAAGCAGGAGCCAAUUUGACAUUCACCGCCAAGGGAACUAUCGAUAAGACCAUUACUGACGGUGCUUAUGUUGAAGUGGAUGUGCGUUAUGGGUUCAUCAAGUUGAUUCAUCAAACUUAUGAUAUCUGUAAGGAGAUUACCAAGGUGGAUUUGGAAUGUCCUAUUGAAAAGGGAAAGCAAGUCAUUACUAAAGAAGUUGAGAUCCCGGAGGAGGUGCCACCGGGGAAGUAUCUUGUUACUGCGAGAGCCUUCACUAAAGAUGACGAGUAUAUUACAUGCUUGACUGCGACUAUUGAAUUCCCAUACCAGUGA